AUGGGAAAUUGCGUGAGAAAGGAAUCGUCGACGGAAUGGGGCGGCGAAGACUGGGGUUCGCUGUCGCCGUCGUCGCCGCAAAAGCAAUUCGGAGAAGAUAAGGAGCCGUUUGGGAAGCACGGGGCGGAAAUAAAAGUGAAAAUCAGCAAGAAGCAAUUGGCGGAGCUGGUGGGGAAGGCUGAUCUCCGAGGGUUUUCUAUCGAUCAGUUUCUCGCCGAGUUGAAGAACGGCGCCGAUCGCUACGAGACGCAUCUUCACCGUUCGUGGAGGCCGGCGUUGCAUAGUAUACCUGAAGUCAACUGA